UGGAGAUACACCUGCUGAGGGCAUCUGCACAGCUACACAAUCAGGUUUUGAAACAUGCGUCGUUUUGUCUUCCUGACUGCCCUUUGCUUGGGAAUAGCCUCAGCUACUAUACAGCUUGAUCAAAGUUUAGAUGCAAAAUGGAUCCAGUGGAAGAAGGCACACGGGAAACAAUAUGGUGUGGUUGAAGAAUGCAGAAGAGCAGUGUGGGAGAAGAACAUGAAAAAGAUUAUAAAGCACAAUCAGGAAUACUCUCAGGGGAAACACAACUUCACAAUGGCAAUGAAUGAAUUUGGUGACAUGACCAAUGAAGAAUUCAGGCACAUGAUGCUUGGCCUUAAAAUCCAGAAGAAUGAGACUGGGAAAGUGUUGAACGUCUCUUUCCCUUCUGGUAUCUCUGUACCUGUGUAUAGCAGGAGACAGAUGCCUGCUAUAAGUCCUGGUCGGUGUGCUUCUGGCUGGGCUUUUAGUGCAACUGGUGCCCUUGAAGGACAGAUGCUCCGGAAAACUGGCAGACGUGUUUCCCUCAGUGUGCAGAACCUCCUGGACUGUUCUUGGCCUCAAGGCAAUGAGGGCUGUAAUGGUGGUCUAAUGAGUAAUGCCUUCCAGUAUGUUAGGAACAACGGAGGCCUGGACACAGAGGAAUCCUAUCCAUAUGUUGGAAGAGAUGGACCCUGCAAAUACAGGCCCGAGUAUUCUAUUGCCAAAAUCACUGCCUUUCAGACCAUCCCUCGGCGGGAGAAGGCCCUCUUAGUAGCACUGAACGAGAUGUGGGCGAUCUCUGCUCUUAUAGAUGCAAGCCUGGAUUCCUUCCGCUUCUAUAAAGGAGGCAUUUAUUAUGAUCCAAAGUGCAGCAGUGAAGACCCGAAUCACGGUGUUCUGGUGGUUGGCCAUGGCAUUCAAGGAAAAGAAUCGGAUAACCAAAAAUAUUGGCUUGUCAAAAACAGCUGGGGCACUGACUGGGGCAUGGGUGGCUACAUAAAAAUGGCCAGAGACCGGAACAACCACUGUGGAAUCGCCACCAUGGCCAGCUUUCCUAUCGUGUGAGAUGAUGGUGAAGAACAAGGCCUUGAUUGGCAACAGAAUAUCCAGGAAAUGGAUUUUAUUAUUGUAAAGUUGAUCACAUCUUAUUGUGUGGGGUAAAACACUUGAAUCACUGAAGAUCCAAAUUGUGACUGGAUUCUGUGAGUGUUCACACUGGUGACGAAAUUACUCAUUAAUCCCUGCUAUAAUCAACGAUGGGGAUUAAUUUGCUUAAUAACUCUUGAACGUUCAUGUUUUAAUUCUUUAAAUUUAUUUUUGAGAAAGAGACAGGUAGACAGAGUGUGAGUGGUGGAGGGGCA